AUGAUUGACAACGGCGUAUACCCAGAAGGUUAUGAACACCCGGAUGGACAUACACAACCCGAACCGGCAAAUUUGGAUGCCGUCCAUGGCAGACUCUUGGCCCCGCGGGCAUCUCUCUCACCAUCACAAUUUACCGAUGAUGAUUUCCGAGCGUUUAAGCAAGAAAAUGCAAGGGCAUCAGGCGAGACAACGUCGCUGCAAAAGGUCUUUCCAUUCAUCGCUGGGAACGAAACGAACCAUCGUUUCGAAGCCGACACCCCCCUCAACAAUCUCGAGCCUAUUGAUAAAUGUCUCGGUGACCCUAAGCCAGAUAGGUACUACGGAGCGGCACCUUCAGCCAUCGAUACGAAAGUGCUUCACGAUUUAGCACCAUACAUCAUUCCCUCCACCAACACAAGCCGUCCAGCAGCUCCUAACUUCUUUCUCGAGGCGAAAAGCCCGAGUGGAUUACCAUUUGUGGCCAAAAACCAGGCGCUAUAUAAUGGCGUUGUCGGAGCACGCGCCAUGCACAAGCUCCAGAAUUACGGUGCUAAUGAGGCGACCGUUGUGUACGACAACAACGCGUAUAGCUUUUCCACUACUUAUCAGGCUGGCCCAGGCUUGCUAGUGAUCUACGCAACGCAUCCGACCCAGUCUGCAGUUCCUGGACGAACCGAGUAUCAUAUGACUCAAGUCAAGGCAUAUGCAUUGACGAGCGAUAGAGAGACGUUCGUUCAGGGGGUUACUUCCUAUCGUAACAUUCGAGAUCUGGCGAAGGAGAAUCGAGAUGCCUUUAUCGAUCACGCAAAUCAGAUGGCUCGACGCGCACCUGCCGAUAGCCCUUCCACUGCCUUCACGAAUAGUACAUCUUCAUCUGCAUUGCAGGAGGAGCACUCCGAAACUUCAGCGGAUGAGCUUGCUCUCCAGCAAACGGUUGUCAAACGUCCUAGACGUGCUCAUGAACGGUAG